AACUAAUUACAAAAGCUAAACUAAGCUCAACUAUCUUCUUCUAAUUCUUGUGCUUUGAAUCUGGUCCACACAAUUAGUCUAACAGACCUCGCCCUACUCAAUUAUCACACAAACCCUCGUCUUCUCAUGGCGUUUCUUUUUUCUUCUUUUUACCUGUAGAACCAACCACUGGUUCACUUCAAUUCAAUUUCUAUUCUUCUUGAUUAAAUUAUUAAUUUCAAUUUUAUACUUUUUUUUUUUGAAUUUUGAUUUGUUAAUUAAUAGAAUUAAUGGCAGAUGUUGUUCGAUUACUAUCCUCCUCUCACUCUCUUUGUUUCUCUUCGUCUUCUUCUAUGUUCACCGCCAAUGUGAAUUCAGUGCCGCCUCCUUGUAAUUCUUUUAGUAAUAAUAGUUAUUUAGAUAAUAAGAAGAUUUAUCCUUUAAUUUGUUCUUCUGACUAUGCUCCCCGGUUCACUUCCAUACCCAGAAAGCAAGUGUUUGAAUCUUUUAAGGUUCAUGCAACUAUCGCUGAAACUGACCAGCCAAAAUGGUGGGAGAAGAGUGCAGGACCAAAUAUGAGUGACAUUCAUUCUACAGAAGAAUUUUUGAGUGCCUUAAGCCAAGCUGGUGAUAGAUUAGUUAUUGUUGAGUUUUAUGGAACCUGGUGUGCAUCUUGUCGAGCAUUAUAUCCCAAGCUCUGCAAGACAGCCGUAGAACAUCCAGAGAUUGUAUUCCUGAAAGUGAAUUUUGAUGAGAACAAGCCUAUGUGCAAAAGUUUGAAUGUUAAAGUUCUUCCUUACUUCCACUUCUAUCGCGGUGCUUAUGGACAAUUGGAGUCCUUUUCAUGCUCGCUCGCUAAGUUCCAAAAAAUAAAAGACGCUAUCGCAUUGCACAACACAGCCCCAAGCAGCUCCGGACCGCCAAAAGAAAUCGGAGAACUUACUCUUGAAUCUGUUUCUACUCCAACAGAGAAGCCAACAUGAAGAUAGGAUUGUUCAGUUUAGUUGAAGCAGUUGUCUAUAUAGCAUACUUUUGGUAUAUAUAUAUUGCUGCCUAAUCAAACUCUGUUGUAGAGGUAGCCUCUGUUAUUCUCUGUAUAUUUUCAUUUUUCUUGAGCAAAAAGUUACUCAUCCUUGUUGCAUUCUUUGUCAUUCUUGUUCCCCUUGUGAUGCUUGUAACUUGGAACACUAGUAGAACGGAAAUAUAGUAUCUGAAAUAUUCUUGUA